CUCCUAUCGCAGAUUUAGCAAUAGCGGACUUAACAAUUACCUCCCAGCGGAACAAUGAUAUUGAUUUUACUAUGCCGUUCAUGAAACUGGUUUUCGCGAGACUAAUAUCUUAAGCCCAGGCAACAGCAACAAAUAAAAUGUACAGGCAUAUCUGUUUUGUAUCAGGCUCCACGGAUAGUUCCUCCAAAACUAUUUUCAUUUUUAGACCCGUUUAGUUCUACAGUUUGGAUAUAUGUUGGAGGAGCAUACCUUCUAGUUUCUCUUUCACUGUUCUUUGUUGCCAGGUUUACUCCAAUGGAAUGGGUUCUGUUAGAUCCCUGUGAUAAAGCUGAGGAACCAGAUAUAAUAGAACAGGAACUGUAUGUGAAUCAUUGCCUGUGGUGGGCCUGGGCAACUAUAAUGUGGAUGGGAUGUGAAGUGGCCCCAAAAGCAAUGUCAACUCGAAUGAUGGCUGGAAGUUGGUAUCUAUUCACCUUAGUUAUGGUAUCUAGCUAUACAGCUAAUCUAGCAGCUUCAUUAACAGCUGAAAACAUGGUCUCACCGAUAUCCACAGCUAAGGAUCUGGCGCAUCAGACUAGUAUUGAGUAUGGAUGUGUUCAAGGGGGGUCAACUUGCAGCUUUUUCCAGAACUCUGAUGAUAGUUCCUAUGCGAUGAUGUGGAACUAUAUGGUCACGCAUCCAACUGUAUUUUCAAGGUCAAACCCUGAGGGAAUAGAGAGAGUUGUUACAACUAAUGGAGGUUGGUGGAGAACUAGACCAGAAAUCCUAUGGAAUAGGACUCCGAAAGAAUUCGCCAUAUUUAAACCAACUGAACAGGGCUAUUCUGUUACUGCAAGAGAGCGGUGUUCUUCAUAAACUUAAGAUAAAAUGGUGGAAACAAAGAGGGGCUAAAAAUUGUGAGG